AUGUACCGUUGUCUUCCCUAUCAGCUUGAUUUCAUCCCAGGAUUGUCUCACGCUGUUGAGAAUCCUGUGAACCCACUCAUAACUGAGAACUACCAGCACAUCCUGGCUUUGGCAUUUGCUGUAAAGGAGAUCAAUGAAAAUCCCCAGAUCCUACCAAAUAUUACACUUGGAUUCGGCAUCCAUGACAGCUAUUUGAAUCCAAAUUGGAUUUCUCGUGCCGUAAUGGAAUUUAUUUCUCCCAAAAAAAAAUUUCUCCCCUAUUACAACUGUGAUAUCCAGAACAAUCUACUGGCAGUCAUUGGGGAACUGACAUCUGAAUUCUCCCACUCAAUAUCAACUGUUUUCAAUAUUUACAAGAUUCCACAGCUGAUGUAUAAUUCUGGUUCAGUGAUCAUGGAUAAUCCAAAACUCUUUUCCUUCUACGAAAUGGUUCCAAAUAGAUCCCUUCAGUACAAAGGGAUUCUCCAAUUACUUCAUCACUUCAAGUGGAGAUGGGUUGGAUUCAUUGAAGAGAACGGGGAAAUUUUAGAGUGGUUCAGACAGAACAUGGUUCCUGAAUUUUCCAAGCGUGGCAUCUGUUUUGCUGUCAUGGAAUCCUUCAGCAGCUUGUUUUAUGAUGCUGUGAAGGGGGAUUUUGUCAGAGGUGUCCUGCAAUUUUAUGAUAAGGUCAUGAACAACAAAGCCAAUGUUUUGGUCAUCUGUGGGGAUGUUACGUCCAUGAUCUUACUGAGAUGGUUGUUAAGCCCAGAAAUCAAAAAACAAAAGUCCAAAGGCAAAGUCUGGAUUCUGACAGUCAUGAUGGAGUUAAAAUCCUUUCCUAUGGAACAACGGUGGGACAUACAAGACUUCCAUGGUGCUAUUGCACUUUCCCUUCACUCUAAUGAAAUUUGGGGAUUUCGACCAUUUAUUCAGGAGAGAAAGCCUUCCACCACUGAAACAGAUGGUUUUAUCAAAGACUUUUGGGCUCAGGCAUUUGGCUGUUCAUUCCAGGAUUCUGCUUCAGGCAACAUGAGUGGUGAUAUCUGCACUGGAGAGGAAAAGCUAGAGAACCUUCCUGGGCAUGUCUUCCCAAUGAAUGUAACUGGCUACAGCUACAGCAUCUACAAUGGUGUCUAUGCUGUGGCACAUGCUUUACAUGCCCUGCACUCAUCCAUAUCCAACAGUAAGAGUAUGAUGCUGGGAAAGAGAAGAAAGUUUCAUGAAGAGCAGCCUUGGCAGCUCCACCACUUUCUGAAAUCCGUGUCGUUUAACAACAGUGCUGGUGAAAAGGUGUCCUUUGACCAGAAAGGGGAGCUUGUUCAAGGAUUUGACAUUGUAAAUUGGGUCACAUUUCCCAAUCAGUCUUUCAUUCGAGCAAAGGUUGGGAAGAUGGAUCCCUGGGCACUUCCAGAUGAACAAUUUGCGAUCAGCGAGGUUUCCAUAGUAUGGCACAGCUGGUUUAACCAGGUACAGCCCCUUUCUGUCUGCAGUGCCAGCUGCCAGCCUGGUUACAGUAUGAAAAAGAAGGAAGGGGAGCCCUUCUGCUGCUAUGAUUGCAUCCCAUGCCCCAAAGGGUGGAUAUCUGACCAUGAAGACAUGGCCCAUUGCUUCAAAUGUCCAGAUGAGCAAUAUGCAAACGAGAACCAGGAUUUAUGCAUUCCCAAAACAGUAACUUUCUUGUCUUAUGAAGAACCUUUGGGCAUCAUUUCAACCAUUUCUGCUCUUUCAUUUUCUUUGACCACAGCUCUGGCGCUAAGAAUAUUCAUAAAGCACCGGGAUACUCCAAUAGUCAAAGCCAACAACCAGGACCUCACUUACAUCCUUCUCAUCUCCCUCCUGCUCUGCUUCCUUUGUGCAUUGCUCUUCAUUGGCCAACCUACAAAGGUGACGUGUCUCCUCCGCCAAACAGCUUUUGGCAUUGUCUUCGCAAUGGCAGUUUCUUCUGUGUUGGCAAAAACUAUUACUGUGGUUCUGGCUUUUAUGGCCACCAAGCCAGCAUCCAGGAUCAGGAAGUGGGUGGGGAAAAGCCUGGCCAUCUCCAUUGUCCUUUCUUGCUCCAUUCUCCAAGCGGGCAUCUGCCUGGUGUGGCUUUCCACCUCUCCUCCAUUCCCAGAUACUGACACCCAGUCAAUGACUGAGGAGAUUGUACUGCAAUGUAACGAGUCAUCCCCAAUCAUGUUUUACUGUGUCCUGAGCUACAUGGGCUUGCUAGCCAUGGCCAGCUUCACUGUAGCUUUCUUUGCCCGGAACUUGCCUGACAGUUUCAAUGAAGCCAAGUUCAUCACUUUCAGCAUGUUGGUGUUUUGCAGUGUUUGGAUGUCCUUUGUUCCAACUUACUUGAGCACCAAAGGGAAAUACAUGGUGGCUGUGGAGAUCUUCUCCAUCUUGGCCUCCAGUGCUGGGUUGCUGACUUGUAUCUUCUUCCCCAAAUGCUACAUUAUCUUGUUCAGGCCUGAGCUGAACAAAAGGGAGUUAUUAAAUAGGAGGGAGGAGCACUGAAGAAGAGGUCCAUGCAGCCUUUUUCACUCAACCCUUUCCAAAUUAAAGAAUACAUUGAGAGUGCAAUGGAGCUGCAUGAAGAACAUGUUGAUGUUAUGUAACUGUCAGGAAUUGAUUGACCAGCAGAGGCAGGUGCUGAUAAUGAGGCUCUUUUAAAUGUAAACGCAUGACUGGGCUGGCUGGUUGCCAGACUCUUACAGUUGUU